AUGCACCAAGAUGGUGGUAAUACUGGGACAGUCGAUAAUUGGGGGCCAUUAGGAGCUGAACUGGACGUUUCGAGUGCGCUUGAGGGUCUGCAUAUCUUACUUUGGACCAAGAGUGGCCAGAUGGUUGCCGGCUACACAGGUAUUGGACUCAGCGGGCUCAGAUGGGGACUGGCGGCAGUCGACAAUGAGACAAUGGGGGUUCAGGCGACCUGGUUCCCCGAGGUAGAUGGCCAGACCUUGAAUGUGGCAUAUAUGGAACUUCUUUUGGACAAAGACCAAAUCGUGGUGACAUCCAAAGAGGGCCAGAUUUAUGUGGUUCAACUUUCCACUUCUGAAGGAUCGCCCAGUCUCGAUCUCGUUAGAACCUACAACCUGGAUUCUGUUUUGGCUCCUGGUGAGCUUCUCAUCAAUGCGAUGUACGAUACCGAUGGCAACUUGUGGUUUACGAGCGGUGGCUUGCGAUCUCAGGCCGAAGGUGGACAUGGAGAUCCUGCGCAGAACUCUACCACAAUUGGAUAUAUUGAGCCAACGGGCCCCUUCCAUAUCCGCCACAUCCCAAACGAAAUGGUUGAGAAUGGCAUCGCUGUCACAGGAACCACCGUCUAUGUGAUCACCGGUCCCUCCGGUACCAAGGACCACGAGAACGCAACUGGUACUCUCUAUUCGCUUACCUCCGGACCUGGAACAUCCAUCAAAACACUUUGGAGCAUCCCGUAUGAUGCCGGUGAUGUGAAGAAGCCCGGCUCCUUUGCACGUGGCUCAGGGGCAACCCCGGCACUUCUUGGAGACCAGUAUGUUGCUAUCACGGACAAUGCCAAUGGCCGAGUCAGCCUAGUCGUUUAUCACCAAACAGCGCAGCAUGAGUCUUCGCAGACCAUUUGCAGCGUCCCGUUGUUUGAAUCGGGACUAAGCAAUGUCGACAUCGCACCGCUGACACACGGCGAUGGGAAUACCUAUGGCGUGAUGCUUUGCAACGACUUCAAUGCACCAACGUUGUACUACGUGGAUUCUGGCCUGAAUGGGAAAUUCAAUAACCUAACAGCCAUGGCUCCAGGUGUGAUCCGCGUCGACGUCGCCGCCGAUGGCAGUUCCUGCAAAAUCGCCUGGGAGAACGAUCUCAGGGUCCAGUCUGUUCCAAUUCUUUCCACCCAAAAUGGCCUCGUUUAUGGCUAUACACAGUCGGUGGCCGCGUCUCUAAAGGGUCUGUAUGAAUGGUAUGCUGUCGCAUUUGAUUGGCAAACAGGCAAGGAGGCCUGGAGAGUGCGAGCCGGUGCAGGGGGGACGUACAAUGAUGACUAUCAACCUGGGGCUCUUGGACCAGAUGGAAGUUUCUAUCAAAGCGUGAUUGGGGGAUUGGUCAGGUUCAAAGAUGGCGUAUGA